AUGUGUAAACAUGUCCUGUUAUUUUUAACUGAAGUUGAAAUGCAGUUGUCUGCUGCUACUACCGUUGCUGCUUCUGCAUAAGGUUCCUUCCACUUUAAUUAAAUUCAUUUGCAGUGCAAAUGACGUGCCAUGAGACAUUUCGGUCAAAGCACAUUGAAUAAAGGGAGAUAAUCCUGAUACGAUGCAUAUGUGUUUCAUGCAGUUUUACUAUAAAACUACUCUUCCUCUAUUUAUCCUGAUUUUCAUUCUACCUUAUUGGCUAGGGGCUUACAAUAUAACCGCUCUCUUUUUUUUCCUUUCUCUUUGUCCUUUCUCUUUUACUCUUGGCAGUUUUUUUUUAGAAAAGUAAUGGACACACAAAGACAAGCAACAUUAGAAACCUUUCCACCAAUUGAAAAUCGUAAACGAUCGAAAAAGGACAGGGCAUGCGAUCUUUGCAGACGAAAAAAGAUAAGGUGCGAUUACGAUAGCGCGUAUCCACAUAUUCCAUGCGCCUCUUGUAAGAGUUAUAAUAAAGAGUGUACGUUUAAAGAGGCGGCAAAGAAGCGAGGACCUCCCAAGGGAUAUGUGGAAGGGUUAGAAAGUAGAUUAAAACGCAUGGAGAAAUUAUUAAUGAAUAUCGCUUCCAACGGCAAUGUAGCACCGACAAUAGCGGCAGAUUCAGAUUCAGAGGCACACAACGAGGAAGAGGAAGAAGAGGAUACGGGUGUGGAGGAUGAUCAAGGUGCGGAGUAUCAGAGGAAUGGACCUUCAGCAGUGGAAGCACCCGAGAAUGAAAAAGAUGGCCCAUUUUCGUAUGUAGGUAGUUCAUCCGGUAUUUAUCUUUUGAGCCGUUUAUUUCCAAAAGACGGUAAUGGGUAUGAGGAAUCCGAUCCGAUUCCAAGACCUGUGGAUGGUCAUGAAGAAGACUUGAUGAUUGCCAAUUAUAACUCCCGUAGUAGUUGGAAUAAUCCGACCUUUAUGCAACAUGCAGCUCCCGAUUGGAAAUUACCACCAAAGGCAUUGACUGACUAUUUGACAGACAUGUACUUCAGGCGUAUAAAUAAUCUGUUACCGAUUCUUGACGAAGAACAGUUUUAUGAGAAUUACGAAAAAGGCGAUUAUAAUCCACGAUUUACAGCGAUUGUUAUGGCGGUAUGUCGUGCUACGUGUAGGCUUUUAAAAAAAGACGAUGAGAUAGUCAUGCAAUAUGGGAUAGACCGUGGUAGUUUUUUUCGUGACCUCACGAAUCAACUGGACGUGAAUUUCGACCUGGAUUUUCUGGAGCCCAAAAUGGAAACGAUUCAGGUCUUGUUAUUGAAUGCUUCAAAUCCUACGAAAUGGGGAUUGGAGAGCACGGAUUGGAUUAUCACGAGUAUUGCAGUCAAGAUGGCACAGGAUCUGGGUCUUCAUCGUGCAAAUACGCAACAUGAGCCUAAAAAGGUCACGGAGGCUAAAAAGAGAUUAUGGUGGUCUGCUUAUGUAAUCGAUCGUGUUGUUUGUGCGUCCUUGGGAAGACCGCUCACGAUCUCUGACGCCGAUUGUGAUGUAGAAUCGCCUGACGCGCAAGAUACCAAAUAUAGUCAAUUUACGCAUCUGGUGAAAUUAUCAUGUAUCCUGGGAGAUAUUUUACGUGCGUUGUGUUCACCCAGGGCCCGCAUGAUGUCUGAAAAAGGUCAUGGGUUAGAAAAUAUUUCACGUAGUUUAGAAAAAAUGUUGAUAGAGUGGAAGUCUUGUUUACCACCGCAACUAAGUUUAUCGGAUGCGGAAUUAGACAAAGUAAGCAGGAAGGAGAUUGAUCCUGUCUUGCAAGAGAAAUUAAAUGACGGAGCUGGUAAAUUACGAUUUAUUUACUGCGCUGUCUAUCUCUUGUCAAAACGACCCUUCAUUUCUAUGGGUUCCGGCUAUACCUCUAAUGUCAAAAUGCCAGUAAAAUGUCAAGAGACUUUACGUAUUGCUGUGGAUUUAUUUGAAACUAUGGAAAUCACUUCCUUGCUCUGUUCAUGGUCUUUAUCUAACACAAAUGCUUUUGUUUUUAAAUUAUCGGAAUAUGGAUCCUAAUCUCAAUGCAGAGUCAAAAAAUCUUUCACAACGUUUUCAAGAGAGGUAUAAAGCAUUGGAAGAUUACAUUACAGAGAAAUCACUGGUCCCAUUUCUCAGCUUGUUAUCUAAAGUGAUCAUUGGUGAUGAAGAAGACGACGGUAAUAAAAAGGACUUGAUUGUAAACCAACAAAGUUCUUUAUGGGGAGCAUCCAACGGUAUAGAAUGG